GGUUAUGUAAUUGUUGUGAUUUUACACGUAAAUAUUCUCCGUAUUGGUUUUUUCGUAAAUUACUUGAUAGAUUGAACUAAAAUUUUGUGAUGAACUCAAAAAUAUAGUAUAAGGGUGAUUCUCUCAAAAAGGACAAAUUACGCUUUUAAGAUAUUUUGUUAAAAAAUAUGAAAAUUAAUUGAAAUUAUUUAAAAUUCUGUCAGCCAUACGUUAGGAUUUAACAAUUUUCAAUCGGACCACUAAAGAAAAUUUUAAAAAAAGGUAAAAUAACUGAAAUAUUGAAUAAAAACUGAUGUUACGGAAUGGAGUUACGGAAUAGAGUUUUAACACUAUAGUUUUCAUUCAAUAAUUGAAGCCAUGCGUCGAAGAGGGGCCUAACUCAUUUUUUAUCGAAUUUUAACUGUAUUGAAAAAUAGACUCUAUUUAAUAUCCUCUUUCGAAUUCUGCAAUAAAAAUUGUAUAAUUAUAAUAUUAUAACAGCGAACAUUAUAAUUGAAAAUCGUCUGUCGUGGAUGAAGGAUCUAACUGUUUUCGACUGUCAACUUUUUUACAAUAGGUUAUAAUUUAUCGGUAUAAUAAAUAACAGAAAAAUGUCUAGAAAAAGAAAAAGUAAUCCUUCCGAAUGGAAAGACAACAAAAGAAAAAUAUUAAAAGAUGCGGGAAAAGCAUAUGAAACUCGAAAUGGAAAACCGAAACAAGAGAAAAUGAGUUCUAAUUGUGACCGUGUUUGUAAAUGCUAUUAUGAAGGAUGUGCUUUAUUAACAAAAGAUUUAAAAGCAGAAUUGUUCGACAAAUUUUAUGCCUGUAAUUAUAAUGCUCAAUCGGCCAUUCUUCUUUCUUGUUUGAGUUCAGUUCCAAAGAAGAAUGCAAAAAAUAAAGAAAUUGAAUCUGUGGAAUCAACAUCUCGUCGAUUGAAUAGUUUUAAUUACACAAUCCGUUUAUCUAAUGGUGAAACUAAAAAAAUUUGUCAGAAAACUCUGUGUGAUAUUUAUGCUGUAUCACACAAGCGGAUUCAAAACCUUCAGAAGAAGAUGAAAGAUGGUAAAGUGGAUCCUAAAGACGAAAGAGGAAAACAUUUGAAUAGACCACAUCGCAUAAUUGAAGACACUCGACAUCUUGUUCGAGAACAUAUUAAAUCCUUUCCACAAAUGGAAAAUCAUUACAGUCAAAAUAAAAUUUCUACCGAUAAUCGAAUGUAUUUAAAUUCUUCAUUGACUUUGAACAAAAUGUUUCGUUUAUUUCAAGAAAAGAACCCAGAAUCUGAUGUUAAAUUUUGGCUUUACAGGGAAGUUUUUCUUAAUGAUUUUAAUUUGAAGAUUGGUCUGCCUAGGUCUGAUACUUGUAAAACUUGUGACAGUUUAUACAUACAAUUAUUAGCAACUGAAGAUAUAGAAAAAAGAAAAGAAAUCGAAGCGAUAAGUGAAACUCAUCAUUUAAAAGCAGAAAAUGGAUAUGCCUCCCUGAAAAAAGAUGGAGAAAAUAGUAAAAUAAAUCCAAAUACGGUAGUUUUAUGCGUCGAUUUGCAGCAAGUAAUGUAUUUACCUAUGUUGACACACUCAAGUAUUUUCUACCAAAGGCAAUUGUCCUGCUACAACUUUGCAGUUCAUAAUCCUUCUACAAAACAUGCGCAAAUGUUCUUAUGGCACGAAGGAAUCGCAAAAAGGGGCGCUUUAGAAAUAUCAUCCUGUAUUUUACAGUACAUUAAACAAAAUUACCAAAAACUGAAUGAAAAUGAAGAAAGAACAUUAAUCAUUUGGUCUGACAGAUGUGUUGGUCAAAACAACAAUUGGACAACUAUAUCUUUAUUGUUCUAUUUAAUUCAUGAACGCUAUUUCACAUCAGCAGAACAAAAAUUUUUAGUAUCAGGUCAUUCAUUUUUACCUUGCGAUCGUGACUUUGCUCUUAUUCAAAGAAUGGUAAACAAAGAAGCUGCUUAAGUUCCAUCACAAUUGUUACCAAUAAUCGCUAAUGCUCGUCCGUCAAAACCAUUUGAAGUAACUUUAAUGGAACGGGAAGACUUUUUUGAUUUCAGUGCACUUACAAAUAGUAUUAAAGCAAGUUCUCAAUUAAAAGUUACAAAAGUUGCUUGGUUACAACUGAGAAAAGAUGAUCCGAACAGUAUUUAUGCCAGAGAAUCACACGAUAUUACCAAGUCUUGGAAAAUAUAUCGCAUAAUACCAGUUUUAAAGAAUGGUCAACUAAAACGAAAAAUUUGCAUCCCAUGUGUUCUACCACUUGCGUAUUCGAAACCCUUACAGAUUAAGCCAGAAAAAGCCAACGAUUUAAAAGAUAUGUUACCAUAUCUUUCUCCACAAUACCGACAGUUUUAUGAAAAUUUGUUAACAAUUGAAUAAUUUGUUUUAUUAUAUAAUCUAAUUAGUAAAUAAAAUUUAUUUAGAAGGAAUUUUGACACAUUUUUAUAAAUUUAUUGAUAUUUUAAUAGUAAAAGAAUAAAAGUUUCAAAGUGGAAAUUUUAUAUUUUAAUAUUUUAUAAAAAAUUAUAUUUCAUAAACUAGUUCCAAAAGUUAAUUUUUAUACUUUGUCAUAAAUAUAAAAAUAAUUAAAAGAUAUCUUCUACAAGAACAUUCAUAAAAACAUGAUUUAUGAAUAAAAAAUCUUAGUAUCGUGGAAGAAGGAUCUAAGUAGAAUCGUCAGUUAGAUCCCUCUUCCACUGUAAGAAAGAAUUUUCCACUUUAUUUUUAUAAAAUAAAGAAAAUAUGACAGAAAUACAUUAUAGAAUAGUUUUUUAACCUCUUUUAAAAUAUUUCCAAUAGUUAUUUGCUCAAAAUAACCCAAAUUUCACUUUUUAUCAUUUUUCUCGAAAUUGACAUUUUCACGGUUAGGCCCCUCUUCGACGCAUGGCU